AUGAAGAGAGGGGUCCGGCUGGGUAAUGCAAUUUUACCUGAAAUAUUCAACGCUACUCUCGAGAAUCCAAUACGAAAGCAUGAACAGGACGACAAAGGAGUGAAGGUUGACGGUCGGCAGCUACACCAUCUACGCUUUGCUGAUGACACUGUUCUGAUAACAUCUGGCAUCAGUCAGGCGGAACGAAUGCGGGUCGAAUUCGUUGGAACAUGGAGAUUUAUGAUUUCUGUAGCAUAUGGCUUGUAUAUAUAA